UUAAUGUCAAAGUGACAAAUGGCGAUUUGCGGCUAUCACGUUAUCGGUUUUUUCAUCCAAUGAUUUAAUUUAAUUUACUAGAUUCGUGUAAAUAACAUUAAUUACUGUUUGCUUUAAAGUUAUAGCUAUUCUAAAAAUGGAUCUCCAUAGACCAAUAGACCCAAACAAGACUUAUGAAGAGCUUACCAGUGAAGAGAAGCUUAGAUAUGACCACCAGAAGCUGCACGAGCUGCACAAGGGCCACGAGUCCAUGCACCUGCACAUGGUCAUGAUCCUGCUGGUCACGCUCAUCGUCGCUCAGUUCAUCGUGCUGGAGUGGAAGAAGAGACACUAUAGGUCUUAUGCUUCCUUCACAAUGGUGGCGAUGUGGACCAUCCCGGUGCUGAUGAGCAUCAAGAACCACUGGGUGCGGUUCCUGGUGGUGUGGACCAUAUUCACGCUGUGCACCGGACUCGUGAUCCGGAAGUGCUGUGUGAAGCCGAUUAAUGUUACUACGCCUAGACUAGUCUACAAAUGGUUCUACCUCAUAUACAAGCUGAGUUGUUUCCUCGGAGUCUUCGGCUACAUCCUCAUGAUGUUGACCUUCCUCGGGAUCAACCUGCUCUUCGGACACAAGCCGCAGGCCUGGAUGGACAUAUCCCUGAUGCUGCUGUUCUACGGGCUGUACUUCGGGGUGCUGGGACGGGACGUGGCCGAGUAUUGCACGGAUAAACUGGCCGCUUCUAUAGGGUACUACACCCAAGAGGGCAUCCCGACGCGGCAGCUGGAGAGCGACGUGUGCGCCGUCUGCGGCAACAAGCUGCUGGUGGGCGUGGACGAGGAGGGCGUGCUAGAGAACACGUACAAGCUGACGUGCGGGCACGUGUUCCACGAGUUCUGCAUCCGCGGCUGGUGCAUCGUGGGCAAGCGCCAGACGUGCCCCUACUGCCGGGAGCGCGUCGACCUGAAGAGGAUGUUCACUAACCCUUGGGACGGACCCCACAUCCUGUACGGACAACUCCUGGACUGGAUCCGGUGGCUAGUGGCGUGGCAACCUCUCGUGCUGCUACUGGCACAAGGGUUCAACUGGGUGCUCGGCCUCGAGUGACAUGGAACCUUUGCGAACUAACGGCGCUCGACCUCGAGUGGGAGCUUUGUGAAGUAACUUAGAAGUAUGACGGCUUGUAUUGGAUUUGUCAAUGUUGAAAUGGGAAAUGGUAAGCGAAAUUUAAAUUUCGAAUUGUCGAUAAGAUUAAGAAUAGUUAUUUGUUUUAAUGGACCUCAUUAAGUAUUU